CCCUAUCAUUUUUUUUUUUUUUUUGUUUCUCUUUCUUUUUUUUUUUUAAUAGACGCGACCCAAAUGAAACCACUUUAUUCUUUUUCUCUAUUAUCUUCUACUUUUAUAAAACGUACGCCAUUCUUUUAUUCAACAACGCGUACAAUGUCAACACAUACUCAUUUGACUGAUGAAUGUGUCUUUUGCAAGAUCAUCAAAGGUGACAUUCCUUCUUUCAAACUAGUGGAAACAGAUAAAUGUUAUUCAUUUAUUGAUAUUGAACCUUUAAGUGAUGGGCAUUCGCUGGUGAUUCCAAAAUAUCAUGCUGAAUUUAUGCAUCAACUUCCUGAUGAAUAUUUGACUGAUAUUCUUCCAAUUGCCAAACAAAUAGCAAAAGCCGCCAAAUUUGAACAAUAUAACGUACUUCAGAAUAAUGGAAAACGGGCAAAUCAGGCUGUUCCUCAUGUUCAUUUUCAUGUCAUCAAUAAACCGAAUGCAACUACUGGUGUGGGACUUACUUGGAAACCUAUCAAUACCAGUAUGGAUUCUAUCAAAGCUCAUUACGAAGAAAUCAAAAAGAACUUGUAAUCAAUUAAUAUGUAUCGUUUUUUAAAGUUUCAGAUUGUUCAUGCUUGUCGGGGGUUUGAUUUAUUUGAAAUAAAAAAGUUUUCUUUUUUUUUUAUCA